AUGGACUUCUAUGGCACAGCCUCGACAGCUAUAACCCAGCUUUACCAAGUCACUGUCUUCAUUCAAGGUGUCAUCUCAGACUAUAAAUCCUUCGAUGAUGAUCGGGCCGAAAUUCGAAGCAAGUUGAACACCCAACUCGCCACGCUUGUAUUCUUCAAAAGAAUCUGUUGUCAUCCAGACCAUGGCUUGAUCCUUGCAGGGAAACCGGAUGAUUUUAUCGCGAGCACAGUGAACGAUCUGUUGGACCGGAUGCGGCUGGCUCUAGCAGCGUAUGAGCGUGUCGCUGUCAAUUAUGGCCUCGGGUAUGAGGAAUUCACUAUCGAUUCGGUGAAACCCAAGAUUGAAGAAUCAUUGAUCAAGAGAUGGAAAAGCAAGGCCGAGGUUAUUAAGCACAAGGCAGUUGACUGGUCACUGUUCGACAAGAAAAAGCUGAAUGUCAUGCUAGAGACGUAUACCACAUUGUCUGGAAAUCUACGCGAUCUUAUGCAGCACAUAUCUCAGGAAAUGCUAGCUAAAUUGCUUGCAGAGCAUAGAGAGGGAUUGAAGGGUACAGGAUUAGAACCAGUUUUGGCCCGACGCAAUCUGGCUGAGAAUAAGGCACCGGCAGACUAUCAUGAACUGGCUGGCACCAUUACCAAAGAAGGAAAGAAAACGGGGGGCUUUCAGCUUGGAAAAUGGUCCGCUCCGGAAUUCGAAACGACUCAAGUUGUUGUUGAGUAUCAUGAGUACGAAAGCCAGCUCAAACGCGACGAUCUAGAAAAGGAUGAGAUCGACGCACUCAAGAAGCCCAUUCGCAACUUGGCUUGGAUUUUGCAAAAUUCCACCUUCACUGGCACAGAGACAGAAUCCCUUGAUCAGCCCAAAAUUUAUGCACUUGAAUGUCUUGGGUUCAUCGAUCAGCCCACAGAGGAACAAGCUGUUUUCCUGUAUAGGCUACCUGAGUCAGAGGGGGAGGUCGGAGAUUCUCUUACGACUCUUCAUGCCUUCAUUAACGCUGUCGAUGCCGACAGCCGAUUACUUCAGAAGCCCUCCCUGAAUGACAGAUUCAACAUGGCGUACACGCUCGCCUUGAGCCUUUCCAAUGUUCAUGCUUCAUGUUGGGUCCACAAGAACAUCUGGAGCAAAGGAAUCCUCCUCUUUCUCGAGACACCAUCAGGAGUCAAGGCCAAAGAUCUCCACGAUCAUCGUAUCAAGCCCAGGUCUGGAAACAAAAUCGUCUCAUAUCUUAGUGACUGGGGAUAUGCACGCUCUGACCAGCAAAAUACGGAUAUGCGCUCCGACUUUGAGGUCGAGCCAAAUCUCUAUCGCCAUCCGCGUCGACAGGGUCGACCGGGCAACAAUUCACUCGUGUGCAUGAUAUAUAUGCGCUUGGCGUCGUGCUUCUUGAAAUUGGAUUAUGGGUUACGCUAUCCCGCAUAA